GCUUGUGGCGCUGGUAUAUAUACUCGUCCCCAACAAAACCUGCAAUCGAAACCUCUCCCGAUUUCUUCCCCCACAAAACCAAACCCCCCUCCAAUACAUGCUUAUAUAUUCCUGAUUUCAAAAUUUCCCUCCUCUCAAAUUCCAACUGAUCUUGUUCGAUUUUGAAACCCUAGGUUAUCCCGAUCUGAUCAAAAACGGAAAUCGGGAAUGGAAAAACAAGGGGGAUUGGAAGAGAGCCAACCCGUGGAUCUCUCCAAGCACCCAUCUGGCAUCGUUCCCACUCUUCAGAAUAUCGUAUCUACAGUUAAUUUGGAUUGCAAGUUGGAUCUCAAGCAAAUUGCAUUGCAAGCUCGAAAUGCAGAAUACAAUCCCAAGCGUUUUGCUGCUGUCAUAAUGAGAAUUAGGGAACCAAAAACUACAGCAUUGAUAUUUGCCUCUGGGAAGAUGCCUGCACUUUUACAAACUAUGGCUUCAAAUUGUGACUUGUACAACAACCCUUACAGUACUGCAAUGUCUUCUAAUGCUUGGACCUUGGUAUGCACAGGUGCCAAAAGUGAACAACAAUCAAAGUUGGCAGCAAGGAAGUAUGCCCGAAUUAUCCAGAAGCUUGGUUUUCCGGCUAAGUUCAAGGAUUUUAAGAUUCAAAACAUUGUUGCCUCAUGUGAUGUUAAAUUCCCAAUCAGACUUGAAGGCCUAGCAUACUCCCAUGGGGCCUUUUCAAGUUAUGAGCCGGAACUCUUUCCUGGACUAAUAUAUCGCAUGAAGCAGCCAAAGAUUGUUCUGCUGAUAUUCGUGUCGGGGAAAAUUGUUAUAACGGGUGCAAAGGUGAGAGAUGACACCUACAAGGCAUUUGAGUUGAUAUUCCCUGUCCUCACAGAGUUCAGGAAGGUCCAGCAAUGAUCAUACUUAAAUAUCUUAUGUUGGUGACAGACGCACAUCUCAACAUAGCUCAAGGCUGUUGUGGGCAAUGCCUGCUGCGACAUUUUUGCUUCUUUCUUGCAUGGUGUUCAAGGCAGUAGAUUUAGUUGUGAAUACAUAAAUAUAACAGGAUUUGUUGUCAGUGUGGCAGAAAAGCUACAAUUGAUUGCUCUCUGUUCCUUUGAGGACGUUGAUUAAUAAAAUUUUAAAAUUUUGAUAGUGCAAAUCUUUUUGUCGCUCAAUCAUAUAUGCUUUGCCAAUUUUGAUAGAAAAGGUCAUCUAUGUGAACUUCGACAUUAUGUUGUAAAGGACUAGAGAUUGCUCAUUAUAUUGGUACUUGUAUGACAGAUGCAUGCAAUUGCAGUGUCAUCUUUAG